UUAAAUUAAAUAAUAAACCAUAUCAAAUACAUAAAUAUUUUAGUUUCAAAAUUUAAUCUGAACAAUUGUUUUGAUAAAAGAUUUGAAUGAACAUUGACAACUUAUUUUUUUUAAAAAUAUAAAUUACUAAAACUAUUAAUCCCAUACAAAAUUUGUUAUCAGUAAUUUAAAGUUUUUACUAUAAAAGAUACAAAUAAUCAAACAAUCAUUUGAGUAGAAAGAACCAUUUAAUAGACAUUAAUAUUAAAAAUUCAAUAUGUAUGUUAAUAUCAUUUAAAAUUUAAUUACAUAUCCUAUCAAAUAGAAAAAAAAUUGUUUGGAUUAAUAAAAUUGAUUUAAUUAUAUGUUCGCACCAAUUUAAUUAUAUAUGUAAUAUUUAAUGACUUUUAAUUAUUCAAUAUAUAUUUAUUAUUUCAUGUAAAAACAUAUAAUAUAUAUAAUUAUUUUUAUAUAUAAUGUUUAUCCCGCGCAAGGUGCGGGUCUUAACCUAGUAUAUUACUAUAAAGAGAAACAAAUUUAUAAUGUACUGUGUGUUUCAAUAAAAAAUAUUAUAAUAUACUUUACAAGGCGUUUUUUAGUGGUUCUGAGACUAUUUUGGUGUUGGCACCAAAAACCCCCGUACUUAGUGUCUCCAUUCUCAACCAAAAUAGUAGCAGAAAAACUAAAAAAAGCCUUCAAUAAAAAUACAGUUUGGUUAAAUUUUAGAGCUAUGGUAGGAUAGAAAAAAGUUUUGGUGCUAAAAUUACAUUAAAAUGGUGUAGUUUUCACACCAAAAUGGUAUUAUGGGUUAGAGAUGCCCUUUAAGGAACCGGUUUCCACACCUAUAUAAUAACAAUUGUACACCAUCUUUUAAUAUCAACCUGAUUACAAAUAUAACGAUUAAAGAAACAUAUCUGUCCCCAUUGUGAAAGAUCGAAACUCGAAUCCACGUAAAGUUUAAGGUACGAUCUAAAACCAACACAUAACGGUUUACAGUUGGUUUACUAUUCCUUGAUCUAAAACUUAACCAGCUAACCUAAUUAAACCUAACUUAAAUCGACCUGUAAACACGAACUAACAACUGAAUCUUAUUUAACCCGAUCCGAAACCUGACUUAUUUAACCCAAAAAUCUGAAUCCCUAAAGCCCCAAAUAUCUAAGCUCUCUUUCUCUCCCACAUACAUUUUUCUAAUCAUUCAUACUUCAGAUGCUCGAAACUCGUUGGAGUCAACCUAGCCAUGUACGAGUCGACAACUUGGGUACAAAACUAACACUGUUUUAAAGAUUAUCUCUAAGCCACCUCUAUAUUAUUAUUUUUUUAAUCUCCAAAGGCACUUAUAUAUUCAAUUUUAUAUUUUGUUCUAAAGCAGAGAAACUCUAUUAUAGAUGUGAAUUUACUCUAAUGUAUACAUUUAUAACAAAGUUUCUCUAUUUUUAAGGGAAAAUGGAGAUAAAUGUUAUUUCUACCUCUAAAUAUCGAGGUAAAAGUAUUAUUCUUUUAUAUUUUUGGAAAGACUGACCUAUUUCCACAUCAGAACUAUGAUAUACUCACAAAUGUACACAAUCUUUCAAUCUCGACCUUAUUGCACACCGGUUAAGUAUAACAACAUAUUUUCACACACAAAAGUUUGAAACCUGUUUUCCCCUAAACUUUAAACGACGGACUAAUAAUGACAAAUAGCGGUUUUAAGUUGGUUAAUGUUCUUUAUUUUUAAACAAAUGGCUAACCUAACUAAACCAAAAAUGACCCGAUUAGAGAAUAUAAACCGGAUUAAAUCAACCUAAUACAAUUAGAUCUAAUAACGCGACUUAAGCUAAUUGGAAACCCUAAAAACGUAAAUCCACAAAUCAUCUUCCUCUGUCUCUCUCUCGUGAAGAACGUCGUUGCUCCUCCGCUUGGCCUCAAUAAGGUAAUUUCGACAUUUCUCUCUCUCUCUCUCUCUCUCUCUCUCUCUCUCUCUCUCUCUCUCUCUCUCUCUCUCUCUCUCUCUCUCUCUCUCUCUCUCUCUCUCUCUCUCUCUCUCUCUGAUAUUGACUUUGUGUCUCUCUGUUUUCAAGAUUCAUUACUCAUACGGGUUUGUAUCUGUGGGAAACAAAAUCUCUUCUCUGGAUUUUUAGAUUUUAGGGUUCUAAAUCAUGAAAUCAAUUUGGGGGCUUUUAAAAGGGGGUUUAAAUCGAUCUCUAGUCGAAUCUUCGUAUGGGUCGGGUUGUACCAAGACCAAUCGAUACGAAUUGGUUUACUAUCGGUUAAUGUUAUAAACCAUUAAAACCAAGCCUAAUCUUGGUCUGUGUGGAAACGGGUUUCAAAAUUUUAUUAUGUGUGGAAAUAGGUUGCUAUACUUAACUGGUGCACAAUUAGGCCGAGGUUGAAAGAUUGUGUAUAUUUGUUGCUAUAUGAUAGUUCUGGUGUGGAAAUAUGUCGUCUUCCCUAUAUUUUCUCCUAAAAUAGAAACAUACAUUGGAGCAUAAUCACCUCUAUAAUAAAGUUAUCUAUUUUAGUACAAAAUAUAAAAAUGUACAUUGGAGAUGCUUGAAACAGUUGUGUUUUUUGUUUUACAAAUACUAAAAUGAAUCCCAUUCCACAUGCUCAAUAUUGGGCUCGACUAGAUGAUCCAAACCAGAAAAUAAAACUACACGUUAGACCAACAAACCAAAUCCUAAUAGGUUGAGAUAUCCAGAUUAAACCAGAAGACCAAAAAUCCUAGCUUUGAAAAGUGAUACACUGCAUAUCACCACAGCGUCGACAAACCUAAGACUACUUACUAUGGACAUGUUGAAUAUUUAAUUAAACUGUUGAAUGCUUACAAUGGGCCUGUUGAAAAAAAUAAAAAUAUUACGUGGAUUGUUUUCUGUUGAAUUUAUUGAACAGGUUGAAAGCCAAAAAGGUGGAGUCCACAAUAAUAUGUAUUGCGUUCUUAUUGGUUGUUAAUAUUAAUUGAAUUUUUUCAUAUUCACUUUCCUUAUUAUAAGUCAUUUAUUUCAGAGCAAAAUAAUUUAUUUAUUUUUAAUACAUGGUAUCAAAAUAUAUAAGUUUUGAUUAUCUAUAAAUAGAGAUUAGGUUUUAUAUGAUUUGGACAUAUACAAAAAAAAAUCUUUUAUCAUAAAUUAUAAACAUUUUCAAUCAUUAUAUUUUUAUUAAUAUUUCAUAAAAUUUCAACUAAAUAUUUUUAUUUAAUUUUAUAAUAAUUAAUUUCUAAAAAUAAAUUGUUAUGUCUUAACUAUUAUCAUUUAGUUACAAAAUCAAGAUACAAGACAUUAAAUAAAAAUAAAUAGAUAUAGUGUUGAUUUUUUCCUUAAGAAAUUAUUAUGAAAUAUAUAUCUCUAUAAUAUUAUUUGAGAAGUCAGUUUUUUAUGUGUCGCUCUCACGUUAAUUCUCACGAUGGUUGAUUACAUUUAUACCCUUAAUGAAUUCAUUUACAUUUUUAUUUAGUUUCCUUUUAAACAAAUUCCGAAAAAUAUACACAUAUAAUAAAAAAAUAUUUUUUUAUAAAGUUAAAAAAAAAAGAAUUGAAAAACAAAAAUAUAUGUAUAUAUAAUAUGAUUUCAUAAAAAGGGAAAGUUCACAAAAUAUUACAUUUAAAAAAUAUUUUUAAAUAACAUAAAAUAUAAUUUUGAAGUAAUAAAAUACUUUUAAUAUAUAGAAUAAACAAAAUAUUACAAUUGAAAUUCACAGAUGCAAUCCAAUUUACGCAAAUGAUAACUAAAUCGACUGAAAAAAUAACAAAACCGAUUAGAUAUACAUAUAAAAUAUAGAGUAUUUAGGCUCUAUACACACAGAAAUUGUGGAAAUUAGGAGAAUGCCCCCGACACUAUUAAACUUUUUUUAAUACCAAAACACCCCUACACAACUUCAUCACCUAUAUCUUGUACUUUUGAUUUUCUGUCAGAGACUAGAACCUAAGACCCUAUACUACACGCCAUGCACUGGAUUUCACUAUUAGUCAUAAUGACGCCGAGGGUACAUAAAUAGGCAACAAUUACAUUUAUUGGUAGUUUACCAAUUGUGUUAAAAGUCACGACCUUUCAUGUUUCUUUCUUCAUAAACUCAACAAUCUCUAUAUUUUUUUCUCAUUUUUCUCUCUGAUACAGAGAAGCUAGAGAAUCAAAACCUUUCAUGCCUCUUUACCCUGCAUCAUCUAAGAGCAUGUUGAAAUAAUUCGAGAUUUGGAAGAAUUUCUGGCAUGUCCAUGGGGUAGGAUCUCGUUCGAAAUGCUAGUUAUCGGGAUCAAGAAGAAAGACGAGAUUCUACUUUCUCAAACUAGCGUUGCGUUGCCUGGAUUUGUGGAUGUGACUCAGCUUGUGUUUAUGGUGGCAGUUCCUCGGAUUAAAGAGGUUGUUCCACAGGUUGAACCGGUUGUGUUGAUUAAGUCAAGACUCCGAGUCAGAGUCUGAUUGCAACGAUUUUCAAGUUGACGAAGAAGACGAGCCAGAUGUUUCUAAACCAACCCCACCUCUAGCAAUAGUUUGAUAUUGCAUAAACCCAACACACGUUAAAGCCCUGGAUGAAUAAGUUAAGGUUAGUAACUGUAUAAUAACGACUAAUAUUUUUUUGUAAAUGUAAAUAAAGAUCUUACCAGCAUCAAUGUUCAAAAUUGGUUAACUACUUCUGAUGUUGGUCUUUAUGUUAGAUUAGCCGAUACCCUUAGAAUGUCAUAGUUACUAAAUGAUGUAGCGCCUAUCGUAUAUAGUUACCACUAAAUAUUUUGUUAGGUGAAGUAACAGAAAAUAGCUGUAGCAGAGAUACGCUAAUGGAUGAACGUAACAGAAAAUAGCUGUAGCAGAGAUAAUUAACCGUUAUUGUCGCUAGUUAUUUAAUUUGCUCCAUGUUGCGUGUUAAAGGCUAACAAAUGAAAGCUAUUAUGAAUGGUAACUGAUACGAAAAGUAAUUACGGCUAAUAAUUAUCAUGUGUAGUAGUCGACAAAUGUAAUGAAUUCUACUGCACUAUCCUGCUUGUGGCCACUACUUUAAAAAGUGUAGUUGAUUUGAUUGUUUGUGUUCACAGACUGAGGUGAUAUCCAUGAUUGAGGAUACAACACACUUCCCGGAUGACCUGAUUUGGGAUGACAAAAUCGAAGACGAGACUAUUGUCAACCUUGUUCGAGGCCUCAGUGCAGCUGUUCUAGCCCGUAUGAGAGCAGAAAAGAAGCAAAAAGAAAAAGAGGCCAAAGAGAAGAAUGAAAGAGAGAGCCAGCCGGUUUUCAAAUUUUAGCGUACUUUAUUAAUGUUAUCAUUAAAACCUAGACGUUAACCUUUUCAGUAGUCUCUAACUUUAAAUAAUAUAUAUAUAUAUAUAUAUAUAUAUAUAUAUAUAUAUGAUUUUGCAGUGAUCCUUACGUGCUUAAGUUAUCCAAUUUUGUAAUGAUAUCUCACAAGUUUCUUAAGUUCUAUAAUAGAAGUUAUUAUUAUCCGAAGAUGUUAACAUGUAAUAUGAAUACUUAACAACUAACAUUUAUAUUUACUACUCUAACUGUUCUGUAUACAAUCACCUAUGCUAACACUUCUUCCCAAUUUGACAAAAUUCUUAUCUUCUUUGGCCUACCAGGAUAACACUUUGUAUUUGGAGGUGCUAUGUUUUAGAGAUCCAAGUGUGUAAAACUCUGGUGCAUGUGUCAUGUAAUCUCCAGCUUGAUCUAAUCAAGUAUAGAUGCUGACUUUGGUUGCAGGUCAACUAUUAAAAUAACACAUAAGUUUACAGUUAUCAGAUAAGAUCAAACAUUAACAUUCAAUAUAAACUAAUACGUGGUAAGAUCACACAUGCCACAUAUGUAUGGUCAAUGCCAUACUUGAUCGUCUACACAUAGACUUUCUCCGAAUUUCUUUCAUAUGUUCAGUGUACCUUCCACAGUUACCUAAUAAAACUAGUGGAAAGAAAAUAUAAUAGCUGCAGACCUACUUCUAAAUAGUAACCUAGGAUUGUACUUCAUAAGAUCACGCCAAAUCAAACUCCUAUCACUUUUUCAUCUUACGUGUCUUUGGUCUAGGGGCAAAACGGAAAUGAGGAUGCAAUUGUGUACAGUGGGCGUGGUUUUUUUUAUGGUUUUGGGUAGUUCCUUAAUUUAGUGCACAUUUAUGUAUAUCUAGCCAAUUAACUCUUAAAUCUAUGUAUGAUUAAAGAAAUACAAUAUUAUUGAUAUAAAUGAUGCAUAUAAAUUAGAAAUUAAUUUAAAAUUAAUAGUAAGUAGCAAUCAAUUAUUAGAAUAUAUUAAAUAUAUAGAAUAAACAAAAUAUUACAAUUGAAUCAUAGAUGAAAUCUAAUUUACCCAAAUGAUAACUAAAUCGACUGAAAGAACAACAAAACCGAUUAGAUAUAACAUAUAUAAAAUCAUAUGUAUAAUUAAAGUAAUACAAUAUUAUUGAUAUAAAUUGGAAAUUAAUUUAAAAUUUAAAGUAAGUAGCAAUCAAUUAUUAUAAUAUAUUUACUUUAGAAAUUUUUAUACCCGGGCAUGAGCACGGAAAAAUCACCUAGUUUUAGAUGUAUAUGUGGAAGAAAGAGAAGAUGAUGUGUUAAGGUAAAAGUGUAAUAUAAGGUGUUGAAAAAAUUGAACGAGUACAUAAUAUAAGAGCUCAGUCGCAAAAUCCCCAAACAUGAGAAUCACCGUGGACUGAUGAUAAAUAAGGAAAUACUACUCCUCAAUCAAUUUUUGAGAAGUGACCAACGAACACCUCCAAACCGGCAUAGUACUGAAGAAUAUGGAGUUACAAAACUCACAUAGGGUCCUUUCUUUCUCUUCCUUCGCUUUUGCCCACGUGAGCAAAAGUGAAAGAAAAAGGACAAAGAAUUCUCAUAAGAGCUUAACCAUCAGAAAACCUCUGAGCUGAAUCAGUUCCACUGUUCUUAGGUCCAGUUCAAGAGUAAACAAGACCCUGAGAUAAAAAAAAAUAAAAGGGUCUUAAUUCCUGUUAUGGGUUUAUAAAAUAAGCUUUGUUGCUAUGAGUAUAAUAUAUACAAGAACAAGAUUCAAAAAUUUGAAAGUGCAAAAAGAGUGAUAUAGAAUAGUAUGAGUACUGUGUCAAGAAGUACUACGAUAAAUGAACACAAAGAACACAAAGAAUUUCUCAACAAAGAAAUGCCUCUUCCAAGUAAACUUACAAGUCUUACUUAAUCAGGAAAACGCUAGACUCACACGUUUCUAUGAUCUAACACAUGAUCUUAAGAAACUCUCUCUUCUUAGCCCUUUAUAUCUUACUCGCCAUACAAAUAAUGAAACCCUUUUUGCUAAGAAUACUUUUCUCUGUGUUAAUCCCUUAGAAAUCUCCCCCAACCUAGUUAUACUAGGUAGAUUUUGUGGCUCUCUUCUCCAAGUAAAGAUCUCCAAAUCUCUUUGUUAAUUUUCCUUUCCUUUUAAACAAACCUUUUUUUUUCUUAAUGACAAACUUCUUCUUCAAGCAAACUGUUUUUUGAUUAAUGGAAAACAUCCAUUUGUCUUCACACAUAUAUUUCUUUUCCUUUUUCAAGUUCAAGUUCAAGCAAUCAAUACACGAACUCCAGUAUGGCUCUAACUUCAUGCAACAUGUGUAUUGCCUCCUGUAGUACUCCGCGAACUAAUACAUCAACAAAAUUUGGACGUAACUAAGAAAAGAAAAGAAAAUAUAUGGACCUUUUUUACUAGCUAAACCCUUACACUUUUUAACAAAAUGAGUAGGACCUUUGCAAAUGUGCCACCUGUACAUGCACAAAGCCGGGUCUGACUGUGUCCAAGCUGAUCUGAGACCGAAAGGCGAAUUCUGGUGAGCUACCACUAUGAGGCCAAUCACCACCACCCCAACACGCGCGACUUUAGGGUCACCAUCGUAACAACAAACCAGUUACCACAGCCGACACCACAACAACAGCCGAGAAGACGAAGAAAAGGAAGAAAAGACCACCGGAGCCGGUCCUCACGGCAACAAAGAGGUCACGAAUGCACAUUUCCGAUCAACCACCGCCAUGCCCACCAAUCACAUGUCUGGAAAGAAAGUUAAAUCAACUGAUUUGGAAAGCCUUCCCACAAAUGAAGAACCGAUGGGAGUAAAGCCUUGACGCAGAAGAGAAGGAGAGGAAGAACAAAAAGAAUAAUUCAAGUUCUUUUUUGUAGAGAGAAGGAAGAAUUUUCUUUCUCUUCGCCUCGAUUUGAUUGAUAGUGGAAUUGGAGAAGAAAAAAGAACUGAAUGAGCAUACUAGCGGAUCAAGUAGGAGAAGGAAUCGAAGAGGGAUGCAUCCAUGAAGACAGAUCAGCUGAUGCUUCUUGACCUUUUAUCCUUCUCCUCGGCUUUUCUCAGAUGGAAUGGCAGAUCCUUCUAGCUAUGUCAAUCACGACCGUGACGUCGACCAAGCACUCAUUGCUUUGAAAAAAGGUUGUCAAUUACUUAAGUAUAGUCGGAAAGGGAGGCCUAAGUUUCGCUCUUUCAGGCUUUCACGGGAUGAAACAGCAUUGCUUUGGCUCUCACACGGAGAAGAAAAAAGUUUGAAGUUAUCUACAGUUUCACGACUUCUCCCUGGACAAAGAACUGCUGUUUUUCGAAGAUAUUUACGUCCAGAAAAAGAUUACUUGUCAUUCUCUCUUAUAUAUCACAACGGAGAUAGAUCUCUUGAUCUGAUCUGCAAGGACAAAGCAGAGACAGAAGUUUGGUUUACGGGACUUAAGUCUUUAAUUAGAAAAAACCAUAACAAGCAAGCUAGAAGUGAGGUCCCUGAGGUGUGUGUGUGUGUAUUUGUAUUUAUAUUAUAUUAUAUAUCAUAUUCAAACAUAUCUAACAAACCCCUACAUUUUGUUCAGAUACAUGACAGUGAUAUUUUCUCAACUGGUCGUCCUUCAACUGCAUCAUUAGAAUUUAUACCAAACAACAAUACUCGCAGAGGAAGAACAUCCCUUGAUUUAGGACCACGUAAUAAUAACUCUCCGAUUCCUUUCAGAGACUCAGAUGUCGCUUCGGAACGUAUAAGCAUGCUAAGACCAAGUACUGAUGGUUUUCGGAUUAGUAUCUCAAGCACACCAAGUUGUUCUAGUGGAGGGUCCGGUGGUCCUGAUGACAUUGAGUCUUUAGGUGAUGUUUAUGUCUGGGGUGAAGUUUGGAGUGACGGGAUAUCAUCAUCAUACAAUGGCACCAUGAACUCAAAAACCGUGAGAACAGAUGUACUGAUUCCAAGACCCUUAGAAUCAAACGUUGUUCUUGAUGUUCAUCAGAUUGCUUGCGGCAUAAGGCACAUCUCUCUUGUGACAAGACAAGGUGAAGUGUUUACAUGGGGAGAAGAAGCUGGAGGAAGGCUUGGACAUGGUAUUCAAGUUGACGUUAGUCGUCCAAAACUUGUUGAGUUUCUUGCUUUGACCAACAUUGAUUUUGUUGCUUGUGGAGAGUAUCAUACUUGUGCUGUAUCCACCGCUGGAGAUUUAUUUACUUGGGGAGAUGGAAUCCAUAACGUUGGUCUAUUAGGACAUGGUAGUGAUCUUAGUCACUGGAUACCAAAAAGAGUAUCUGGUCCUGUUGAAGGACUUCAGGUCUUGUCUGUCGCUUGUGGCACAUGGCAUUCUGCGCUAGCAACUGCUAAUGGGAAGUUAUUCACUUUUGGCGAUGGAGCGUUUGGUGUUCUUGGACAUGGAGAUAGAGAGAGUGUUUCGUAUCCUAAAGAAGUGAAAAUGUUGAGUGGCCUUAAAACCAUGAAAGUAGCUUGCGGAGUGUGGCAUACCGUGGCUAUAGUCGAGGUUAUCAAUCAGACCAGUACGAGUGUUUCAUCUAGAAAGUUGUUUACUUGGGGUGAUGGUGAUAAAAACAGGUUAGGACAUGGGAACAAAGAGACUUACUUGAUUCCAACUUGUGUCUCUUCAUUAAUUGACUACAACUUCCACCAAAUAGCUUGUGGUAAUACAUUGACAGUUGCACUAACUACCUCGGGUCAUGUUUUCACUAUGGGAGGAACUUCACAUGGUCAGCUCGGUAGCUCGAAUUCAGAUGGUAAAUUGCCUUGUUUGGUUCAAGAUCGAUUGGUCGGUGAAUUUGUUGAGGAAAUUGCUAGUGGAGACCAUCAUGUUGCUGUGUUAACAUCUAGAAAUGAAGUCUUCACUUGGGGAAAAGGCUCUAAUGGAAGACUAGGACAUGGAGACACCGAAGAUCGAAAAACGCCAACAUUAGUUGAAGCUCUAAAAGAGAGGCAUGUGAAGAGCAUAUCAUGUGGCUCUAACUUUACAUCAAGCAUAUGCAUCCAUAAGUGGGUCUCAGGAGCUGAUCAAUCAGUUUGCUCUGGUUGUCGUCAACCAUUCGGUUUUACAAGAAAGAGACAUAACUGUUACAACUGCGGUUUAGUGCACUGUCAUGCUUGUAGUUCCAAGAAAGCUUUGAAGGCAGCACUAGCUCCAACUCCAGGGAAGCCACACCGUGUAUGUGAUGCUUGCUACGCUAAACUUAAAGCUGGAGGGGAUAACUCUAAUGCUGCUAAUAGAUACAACACAACUCCUAGCGCGGUAAGACCAGUCAGAGAAACAAGGUCGUCAAGGAUUAUAUUGACACCAAAAACAGAACCAGUCAAGUACUCUGAAGUUAGGUCAUCAAGAUCUGAGUCUUCUAUUGUCAGAUCCUCACAAGUCCCAGCUCUUCAACAACUUAAAGACGUUGCAUUCCCGAGCUCCCUUAGCGCUAUUCAAAAUGCUUUUAAACCAAAUUCAACAUCAAGAAGAGGAGGAAGCCCUCCGCGCAGUUCUGGAUUUUCUAGGAGCGUGGUUGAUAAUUUGAAGAAGACAAGUGGUAAAAUAAACCAAGAAAUGACAAAAUUGCAGAGCCAGGUUAGAAAACUGAAACAGAAAUGUGAUAGUCAAGGCAUAGAGAUUCAAAGAUUAAGGAAAACAGCAAGAGAAGCUUCUGAAUUAGCUAUAAGGCAUUCUUCAAAGCAUAAAGCAGCAACAGAGGUCAUGAAAUCUGUGGCUGAACAUUUGAGAGAGUUGAAGGAGAAACUACCCCCUGAAGUAUCUAAAUGUGAAGCUUUUGAAUCCAUGAAUUCUCAAGCUGAAGCCUAUCUAAAUGCGAGUGAAGCAGCUGAAACAUCUCAAGACACAACUCUUUCUGAAAACUCACAAGACCAAAACAUAGAAGAACAUCCAUCAUCAUCUAAUGGAGGUGCCAUGAUGUCUCAAGAACCUUCAAACACAACAAAUAUAAAUCCUCACCCGUCGGAUUCAAGGCCACCAGCAGAAGCUUCAUCAUCACCAUCAAAAUCAGGAGGCAAGGAGCUUAUCGAACAAUUUGAACCUGGUGUUUAUGUUACUUAUGUAUUGCACAAAAAUGGUGGAAAGAUCUUUAGAAGAGUUAGAUUCAGUAAACGGAGAUUUGAUGAGCAUCAAGCAGAAGAAUGGUGGAAUAGCAAAAAAGAUAGGAUGCUUAAGAGUUAUAGUCAUCAGGUUUCAUCAUCAGGUCCUAUGGCUACCGAGUCAGUUCCUACACCAACUUCAGUUCAACCGCCAUCUUCGCCGACACAGCCAAAUUCUGAUGAUCAGGAAGGGGGGUUAAAAUAAGUUCUUGAAAGCUGGUUAUGUGUAUACUAGUAAUUGACUUAAUAGAUUGGAGAACAAGGCAUCAUUGGGUGUCACUACUGUAGAUCUGAGUAACCCAAAGUAGAUACAAAGAUUUAAAUGUUUCUUUGCAGUCAAAA